UCUUUACUGCAGCAGAUUUUUAAAAUAGGCGUUGGUAGGUUUAGUUUCACUUUAGCAACGAAUGAAGUUAAAGCUUGCGGAUUCCAUUAUUAAAGAUGUGCAGUAACUGGUAUUCAAUAAUGAUUUUGGCUUGCUUAAGUCAGUUGGGAGCGGCCCAGGGACCACUUAUUUUCCAAACAUCAAGUAACCCAUUGGAUAAUGCCGCAUCAACGACGUCAAGGCCAAUUUUCUCGGCCAGCUCCUCCAACUUGGUGCUGGUCAAUAACGUUAGAAUUCCCGGAGCAAUCACACCAUUCGUAACAGCACCGGCCCCAACUCAGGAAUUUCUUAAUUGUUUUGGUAGCUGCCCCACGACAUCGCAGUAUAGUCCAAUUUGUGGCAGCAAUAUGCAGCAAUACAUGAACGAGCAGAAAUUUAACUGUGCUCGCUUCUGUGGAGCAGACAUACAAAUAGUUCGGCGUGGCAGUUGCGAGGGUCUUUUUGCGAUGACCCGCGGUUGAUAUCCUUCAGCAAACAACAAAUAUCAUAUAUAUACCAAUUCAGCUGGCUUAGAGAUGUUUUCGUCAAACCAACAUUUUUUCCGUCGGGCUCCCAGUUCAUGGAAAGUUGAUAAGAGCAAAGAGAGAUGACAAACUGUAAAUAGACGUCAUAUAGUACCGUUACACUGAAGGAAAACGCAGUCUACAUUUAAGAACAAAAUUCCUAAUAAAAGUACGUUUUGUACUUAAAAUAAGAACAUAUGUAGUUCUUAAAGUGUUUCGUUUCCAAAGUCAAUCUAUAAGAGUAAAUACUAAUUACUAAAUAGAUCAAAAAAAACAGUAAAUAUUAUAACGAAGAACAUUGAAGAUCAACAUUAAAGAUCACUUGUACGUUCUUAA